AUCAUGUUCACGCUUUGCAGUAAAAUCCGUUACAAUCAAGCGCAGAACAGAAACGAAAAUACUCACAUGCAUCCUGAGGCCAAACGUGUUUAAUGUUGGGUAUUCGUCAACAAAUUUCUGAAUCAAAAAGCUUGACAGAUUUCGGAAGAAUGCCUAACAUUAAGGUUUUCAGUGGAAGUUCUCAUGUUGAUCUUGCACAGAAAAUCUGCGAUCGUCUUGGAAUAGAACAAGGAAAAGUUGUUACCAAAAAAUUUAGCAACGGUGAAUGCAGUGUUGAGAUCGGAGAGUCUGUCCGUGGAGAAGAUGUGUACAUUGUACAGAGUGGUUGUGAUGAAGUGAAUGACAUGCUGAUGGAAUUGUUGAUCAUGAUAAAUGCCUGUAAGAUAGCAUCUGCAUGUCGUGUCACAGCUCUCAUUCCAUGUUUCCCAUACGCUAGACAGGACAAAAAAGAUAAAAGCAGAGCUCCAAUAUCUGCCAAAUUGGUAGCCAAUAUGUUGUCAGUAGCUGGUGCAGAUCACAUCAUCACUAUGGACUUACAUGCUUCUCAAAUUCAGGGUUUCUUUGACAUUCCAGUAGACAAUUUAUAUGCAGAGCCAGCUGUUAUUAAAUGGAUUAAAGAGAAUAUUAAGGAUUGGAGAAACAGUUGUAUAGUUUCCCCUGAUGCUGGAGGUGCAAAAAGGGUAACUUCUAUGGCAGAUCGUCUCAAUGUUGACUUUGCUUUGAUUCACAAAGAACGUAAGAGAGCCAAUGAGGUGGCAUCAAUGGUACUGGUGGGAGAUGUGAAGGACCAAGUGGCUAUCUUAUUGGAUGAUAUGGCAGAUACUUGUGGUACAUUCUGUCAUGCUGCUGAAAAAUUGAUAGAAGCUGGAGCCAGUAAAGUUUAUGCCAUCUGUACACAUGGGAUAUUUUCUGGUCCAGCAAUUACACGCAUCAAUGAAUCUGUGUUUGAAGCUGUUGUUGUAACCAAUACAGUACCUCAGGAAGAAAGGCAAAAACAAGCUCCAAAAAUACAGUGUAUAGAUAUAUCCGUUAUUCUAGCUGAGGCUGUGAGAAGAACACACAAUGGAGAAUCUGUCUCAUAUUUGUUUAGUCAUGUACCAUUAUAACAGAAGAAUUAUAGUACUGCAUCAAGUUGUUGUUAGUGAGAAGACUUCACCAGUAAAACACAUCAUGUUAAUGGAUAGAUUGUUAUAAAAUCAUGUUUGAUGUUUAGGAAGAUUAUGUGUAUCUACUGCAAACAUUUAAAUUUUCAUUACUUCAUAUUUCUUUUUUCCUAUUAUUUUUAUUUGUCACAUUGUUAUGACCUGAUGUACAUACACAAACCUUGUUAUUCAAACAUCUAUCAUUUGUCAAUGUGUUGUAAGAUUGUAGAGGAUCUACUUAAGAUAUAAAUGUCAGAUUGACUGUUUCAAUAAAAAAAAUAUGGUAGAAAAGUAGGGGGAAAAUUUGAAAUUAAAAGUUCACAAUUUUAUUAGUUAAUGAUUCGAUUAAGAAGAUUUGAAGUAAUGAUGAUUCAAACUGUACAUGGGGUUAAAUAUAGUGCUAUUGAUAAUUAUGUUUCAAUUUACUUUAUAACAUUACUGACAAAGAAUUGCAAAAUUUUCACAAAAGAAAAUUUCAAUAAGUACUUCAUUGAAUUUAAGAAUGAAUGUUUUGUUUUGAUAUUAAGUAUGUCAUGUAUGUGAAAUUAUUAAAAAAUUAUAAAAAAAAAAAGCUGUCUAACUAUAAAAAAUGUUUCUUUUUCCAUAAUAUACUAAAUGUCAUCAUGUGUUUAUACCAUUGUAUUUUAUAUUUGUGAAAUGUUUCAACAUCAUGCUGUUAUUCUUCUUUGACCAUUUUAAUAUUUUGUCUCAUUUCAUUAACAAUUUGUUUUACAUUCCUUUAAAAAAAAUCCCCCAUGACACUAUCUAAAACUAAAAAACCGAGUAAAAAUUGUUCUCCAUUCAAAAAAACUGUCUAUUGUUUAAACUAAGCAGCUCUAGAAAAGAGUAUUUAUUGCACUCAGGGUAAUUUGAAAACAUGAUCUAAUUGUUGGUCAGGUUAUUAAUUUCUGUAUGUUUUAUGCAUUUCAAUGGGUAAAAUUGUUCAUUAAUAUUAUGGAAUUACAAUCAAUUUUUAUUGAAAAUUCACAAUUGUCAUCAGAUUUUGUUGUUAUUAUAAAUAAUAUGUCAUUUUAAAACUUUGCACUUUUGAAAUUAAUUUUUAUUGACCUUGAAGUGACAUUUCAUGUAUACAAUGUGUUGUAUUAUAUGUUUUGUAAAAGAAAGUCUGUAUUGAAAAGGAAUUUCUGUAGUUAUUUUGAGGAAUUAAUGUUAAUAAGGGGUUAAUAUGACCGUAUCUGGGGAAGGGAUUUUAAAUAUGGCUAGUUCUGGAGUGUGAAUCUCCCGGGAUCUAAAAUACCUGGAAAUAAUCUAUUACAAAUGAUUAAUAAAUAGAAUGUUUAUAUACUUAUUAUAAGUAAAUAGAAUUUCAAUUGACUUAUUAUUCUUAAAUAGGAUUUUAAUUUACUUAUUAUUAAUAAAGAGAAUUUCAAUUUACUUAUUUUUAAUAAAUAGAAUUUUUAUUUACGUAUUAUUAAUAAAGAGAAUUUCAAUUUACUUAUUAUUAAUAAAUAGAAUUUCAAUGUGCACAUUUCACACAUUAAAUUGAUAUUAUACCAUGCUAAAUGUUCUCAUAGAUAGGUUCCAUGAUAAAUGUUCUCAUAAAUAGAUAGAAUAGAUGUACAUGUAUAAGGUUGUGUCUUUUUUCAUAAUUUUGUUUACUCUUUAAUAUCUUUAUAUUUUUUAAUAUCUGCAAAAUGAAAAAAAGGUCAGUAUGUAAAUUUUUAAGAAUUACAACAUAAAAAUUAUAAUAAUUAGCAUAUGAAGUGCUAAUAUUUUUUAUUAAGAAUGAUUAACAAAGGAUAUUUGUUAUUAAGAAAGUGCUAGAUUGUGCCAGUCAAUGAUGUUUAUAUAUUAAUGUGAUAAGAUAAUGUAUAGUAACCUGGAACCUGUUUCACACAAAAAACCUGGUGACUAAGAUUGAUCAUAAGUCAUGAACAGUUCAGUAUACUUACAACCAAUCUUAGUUGUAAAUUUAAUGUGAAACCAACUCCUGGAACCUGUUUAACAGAUAUAUUCAAUUUGAAUAAGGUUUUGACCUCAUGUAAUUAUGUUUUGAAAUUCAUGGAUUCACAUGUUAAAAAUAAAACUCUUCAGUAUUGACAA